ACCAGACCCAGGUCCACCUUCCUCACCCAGGCUGCCCCCGCUCCCACAACCACCUGACAGCAGUUGGAGCGUGUGAGUGCACUUCGGCAGUUAAGGAAAACUACCCUCGCUGCUUUUGAAAACGCUCUACUGAGGACGGCAGGGGAUUUAACCAACCCAGAAACGGGAGAAGGAUAGUUUAUUCAGCAGUAUCCAGGCUCAGCCAUGAUGGAGGAGGACAAAGACGUGACAUUGUCCACUCUCAGUGUGGAUUCCCCCAGUAUCAAAGUUACAGAAGUGGUCAGAGAUGGAGACACACUGACCUUCAUUAUCAUAUCGCAGAAGCUGUCUGGGACAGGGGAGUACCAUGUGGAUCGGACUUAUGAAGACUUCGAAUGGCUUCAGCACCAUCUGUUCUCUGAAGAAGAUGUGCCGGGGUUACAGGGGGUUAUAUUUCCUCCUCUCCCGGCGAAGGCUCAGGUGAACGUGUCUCCUAAGGUCAUCAAACAGCUGGGUUUCCUGGCCAUGGGGCAGGACUGGCAGCCCUACUGCGCGGCGCUGCAGACGUACCUGCACCAGGUGGCUGCAAACAGCACGCUCAGGAAAAACCGAGCUCUUGAGGUCUUUCUUACCAGCUUAGAGCCUCCUGGCCGGCAGAAGGUCAGGAAAGGUAUCUUCAACCGCCUGAGUCAGGCUGUGGAAGGAAUGAGGAAAGAGGGUCAUAAGGACGUGGAUGACUUCUUUCAAGCCGAGCGGGACCGUAACCUCGUUCUGACCGGCUGUACCAAGACAGCCGCUGAGAGGUUCCUGGAUGUGGUGCUGAGUGAGCAAAGGAUAGCGGUGGCGUGCGGCCACUUCUCCACUGCGCUGCAGCUGUGUGUGGACCGGGGGGACGACGCAGACCAGCGGGCCUUCAACAAGAUCUGUGUGAAGCUGUCCGAGGUGCUGGACUCCAUGAGGAAACACAUCGGGGAGGCUGCUGAGAACAACGUGAGCAGCCUGGGGCUGGGCCUGGACCUGGACUGCCGCUACCAGGAGGCAGAGAAGGAGAUGCUGUUCAGGAGGACCUGUAAGCUGAUGGAACUGGAGGCCGCCAGCAAGAACGCCGAGAAGGCCAAGCCCGGAAAGAAGGCUGCGAUGGAGGAGCUGAAGAAGGGAGCGGAGGAGGAGUUCGAGCACAUAUCAGGAGUAGCGAAACUGGAGAUCGCGCGGCUGCACAGCAUGCGGGUGGAGAUGCUGCGGCGAGCCCUGAUCCAGUGGUGCGAGAAGCAGCUUAUCACGGCCCGGGAGAGUGCUGACCGCUACAAGCAGCUCCUGCAGGACUUCAAAGGGAUGGCGGUGUAAUCACCCCCACCCCCACCCCCACUCCCACCCUCCGAGGCACACACGGCAUCACCCAGACAUGUUGCCAGCCCGCCGUGCUGCCGCCUGCCGGUGUCCAACGACCUUUCAGCGUAAACGUGUUGAAUCUAAUGAGACAUCCCUGCAGACGCACGUGUUGCCGUGUUUAAAACUCAUGUAUGUAUACACCCCCCCACCUCCCCCCCCGCCCCCUCUGCAGGCACCCUCCCCCCCACGGUCAAGUCCACAUGAACGUGAGGGCAUCGAGUGCUAGCCGGGGAACACGUGGCUGCCUGGCGAGAGCGUGACGUGCGUCUGAGUGUGCAUGAAGUGCGGCUGGUUCCUGCAGCACCUCUCCGGUGCUGCCGAGGACACGCCGUGCAGCUCUCUGUCCACCGCCUCCGCCUCCGCCUCCGUCCACCGCCUCCGCCUCCGCCGGGGUCACACCAAAUAAAGUAUGAUGAAUUGAUUGCCAAGUCCCUCGCUUGUGUGUGUGCGUGUGUGUGUGUGUGUGUUUCUCACUCCCGGGUCAUUAAUCAGUAGGUUUGACUUCCCCUGCAAGGACGUGGCACCAAGGACACUAUCUCUCUCUGCUGACUAUGAAGUCUGGGUUUUGGAAGCCCCCCCCCUAUUAUUUCCACAUGUUAUCUCUUUCUUCGUCUGUAUUCUGUGUUUUGCUUCCUUUGCUGAUCAGAAACCUUCGCCAGUGUCCUGCCCAGGCUGCAGCACGUGCAGCUGGUGGACUCGUGUAGAGGACGUUCCGGCACGGCUCACACCGGGAGUCUCCAGGCAGAAUUGGACUGCGUAGCACAAUGUCACCUUUCCCUCUCCCCUGUACUGCAGACUGUUGGGUCACAUCUCCGCUCCGCUUUGCUCCUCGCCUCAUCCGUUACCGCCUGUAAUCUCUCGAUUGGAUGGAUAAGGAGAAGUGGUUCCUAUUCCAGUAAUCAGGAAAGAUAGAUGACUGGCUUAACAAGAAGGGAGGGCGGGGAAGGAGGGAGGCUGGUCGGAAAGUGAAGGAGUGGCUGGAUCCGGCCCUGAUGGUCCUAUAAUCUGAUAUUGUCUCUACAUCUGCAUCCACUCUGCUGCGUGCAGCACUCUGCCUGGAAAUGAAGGGAUGGAUUAAUGAAGAAACCUUACCCGGCACAUGGCGGCCCGGCCUGGCCUGGCCUGGCCCGGCCCGGCCUGGCUCUCAUUUAGAAACCUCAAAGUCCUCAUGAGUGCCGACUGGAAGAAGGAUUUUUUUUGUUUUGUUGGCACAUCUCAUGUGGCCCACGAAGAAGACAACCUGCAGUUUCCCAAUAUAAAAGUGUACUCAUACAGCUGGUAGCUCAUACCGGCUCUGUGCACGGCUGCAGUCCUCUGAGUCCCGGUUCCUGCUGCAGCCGUCGUACCAGCUUCCUGUUUGUUGGCGUGUGCCGUUGACGAGGGCAUAUUUUCGGCGAUGCCUGCGAGAUUUACCGUGGAUAAAUGUCAACAACAUGCACACAACUGUCCACACACUUACACCCGCAUCUACCAGCACACGGGCGGGAAGUUUGUAGUCAUCCAUAUCAAGUUAUGUCCACAAUUCCCUCCGUCCAUCCGUCUGCUCGUCCUCAUGAUUGUGGCCAUAACUUGACAUGUACAGCUCGAAAUAUGCCAUUGUCGAUAGCACACGCCAACAAACAGGAAGCUGGUAUGGCCGCUGCAGCAAACAGGAAGCUGGUAUGGCCGCUGCAGCCGGAACCAGAGGCCGGUGGACUAGUUAUGCACAGAGUCGAUUGGUUUGGAGUUGCAGCUAUUAGCGGCUGGUGGGCUCGCCAUGCCUUCUCAUUUGCUCUACUUAGAGACACCGAUCAGCCAAAACAUUAAAACCACCUGCCUAAUAUUGUGUAGGCCCCCCUCGUGCCCCAAAACAGCUCUGACCCGCUGAGGCAUGGACUCCACAAGACCUCUGAAGGUGUCCUCUGGUAUCUGGCACCAAAUCAUUAGCAGCAGAUCCUUUAAGUCCCGUAAGUUGUGAGGUGGGGCCUCCAUGGAUCAGACUUGUUUUUGCAGCACAUCCCACAGAUGCUCGAUCGAAUUGAGAUCUGGGGAAUUUGGAGGUCAAGGCAACACCUUGAGCUCUUUUUCAUGUUCCUCAAACCAUUCCUGAACAACUUGUGCAGUGUGGCAGGACACAUUAUCCUGCUGAAAGACGCCACUGCCAUCAGGGAAUACUGUCACCAUGAAGGGGUGGGCCUGGUCUGUAACCAUGUUUAGGUAGGUGGCAUGUGUCAAAGUAACAUCCACAUGAACGCCAGGACCCAAGGUCUCCCAGCAGAACAUUGCCCAGAGCAUCACACUGCCCCCACCAGCUUGUCUUCUUCCCAUAGUGCAUCCUGGUGCUAUCUCUUCCCCAGGUAAACGAUGCACACACACCCUGCUGUCCACAGAAAACGUGAUUCAUCAGACCAGGCCACCUUCUUCCAUUGUACCAUGGUCCAGUUCUGACGCUCACAUGCCCACUGUAGGUGCUUUCAGCAGUGGACAGGGGUCAUCAUGGGCACUCUGACCAGUCUGCGGCUAUGCAGCCCCAUAGGCAGCAAGCUGUGAAGCACUGUGUGUCCUGACACCUGUCAAUCAUAGCCAGCAUUCACUUGUUCAACAAAGUGACCUCCAGUAGCUCUUCUGUGGCAUCAGACAGAUGGGCUACCCUUCACUCCCCACGCACCUCAAUGACCCUUGGGCGCCCAUGACCCUGUCGCCGGUUCACCAGUUGUCCUUCCUUGGACCACUUUUGGUACACCCCACAAGACCUGCUGUUGUGGAGAUGCUCUGACCCAGUCGUCUAGCCAUCACAACGUGGUCCUUGUCAAAGUAGCUCAGAUCCUGACGCUUGCCCAUUUGUCCUGCUCCAACACAUCAACUGACUGUUCACUACUGACUGAUACGUCCACCCCUUGCCAGGUGCCAUUGUGUCGAGAUAAUCCAUGUUGUUCACCUACCUGUCAGUGGUUGUAAUGUUUUGGCUGAUCGGUGUGUACUCUUUGUAGUCUGCAUCUGCAAGUCAGAAUAAAUCCUCAUACAUAUUUUUUGUUAAAUCUUAAAACUAAUUUCAUUAGGAGAACCAGAUUACUCGGUAAAGCAGACUUUACAGCACCGGGAUGGAAACGUGACUUUUAACUGUGGCAGUGAAUAGACGUGUCCAUGUGGACCCACUGCACCCGCAGCGACUGAAUCUCUCCGGCACAGCGCAGCAGCAACAAAACAACAAAAAUAAUCCCUGCAGUAUUUAGAGGCAGAUCAAACAGGUGGAGAUAGGUGCAAACUGGUUUCCUCCCAUUAAGCAACAUCAUCACAGCUGCAGCUGCAGGGGUGGUUGUGGGUGGUGCAUGGUUCACACGUGUGACGCCACCUCGGGCAGCAGCAGCUGCUGCAUGUUUUGCACUUCUGGGUGGGUCUGAAGAAGAAAGCCUGCUGCAUGAAUCCUGGAUUUGAUAAGGCACACUGAAGAUCUGCUUCCAGAGGUUUGAUGGACCGUUCCGAUGACUCGGUGGUUUCACCUCUUCAUCCUUCUGAAAGCUCAUCUCACCAUGAGGACAAAUGCUCUGUGGAUGCAAACGUUGGAGGGUGGUGUGUGUGUGUGUUUGUGUGUGCAUUAAACCGAACCACGCCUAAGCAAUACAAAUGAGUGAGUUCGUUUGAUUUCAUUAGAUGUGGUGCAAUGAAAAACUGUUAAUAUUGUUUUUCCCCAUCAUGCCCGGUCCCCGCUGUUCGUCCCUGCAUCGCACCAGAUGGACAUCACAACAGGUGGCCGUGUUUUAGGUGCUUCUAAGAGUCCUGCAGUAGCUAGCUGGUGUGCACGGGACCCACACACUAAUUAGUGCCCCUCUCAGUUGCCGAGAGCGCGACUCAGAU